AGCGAUGAAUUCUGCGCUCUGCUCGCCUCCCCUUUCUCAAGCCGCCGCGAUCGGUGACUCUGCUCUCGUUUGCCGGCUCUCACACCUACGCCGCCGCCGCUUGCUCGCGCAUGUGCACUAAGAUGGCGGCCGCUGCUGGAGGGCUGUAGGAGGCGGCUCUGCGGCGGAAGGAGCGACUCAAGGCUCUGCGGGAGCGCACCGGAGCGGCGGCCAGGCAGGGUAGAUCACUGGAACAACGAGAAGGAGCGUGUUGCGGUCAUCACAGGCUCUGCCCUCCUCAUCUGCAAAUAUGACUUCAUCAUGCUCAAGUGCCUUCAGCUGCAGAGGAUUCCCCUGAGUUACAUCAACCGCGUCUGCCUGGGUUCUUUCACCUUUCCGGAGAGGUCAUUGGACAACCCGGUGAUGUAACUGCAGCGAGGCACAACAUGAACGCGCUCCCCCUCCUCUCCUCCAGCCGCCUGAGAUGGGAGAUGACCCACCCCAGUUGCGAGCAAUCAGUUGGAAGCCCAGCAAGCCCUGGGGACUGUUGCUUAGCAACAUCAAACACACACACAGAGGAGUAAAAUUCUGCAAGAGCAAAAGACCUCUGGAUUCCCGGGUUAAAACAUGGAUGCAGACCCAGAAAAGAGUGAGGAAAGUUCUGAGAGGAGCCCCAUCAGGGACGCACCUCCAGAAGCAGACGAAACCAGCCCACAGGUUGCGGUUAGACUGCUGUCUCCAGGGACUGAUGCUCAAUGGAAGGCCAUUUUCUAUGACACCAUACAACCAAGGGCUUUGGAUCUGCAGGAAGUGAGGGUGGACAAAAUCCACAAGAGCAAGAUGCUAGAAAAAAAGGCGGAGAGGAAAGAUCCCCCUGACAGUCAGACCCGCGACUGGUUCAGCGAGGAGAUGAUGACCCUGGAGACUCGGGCGUACCUGCUCGAUAAGCUGCUCCCCACGCUAAUCCCCGGUGUGGAGAAACUGCUCAUGGUCGCAGAGCGGAAGAAGGUUGUAGAAAUGGAGGAGUCUGAGCCCUGCACGUUUAACCCGCUUAUUUUCCUGGGAGAGUACCUGAUGAGGCACAACCCAGCCUAUGAUAUUCCUGCAAUACCAAAUCCCUAUGGAAUGAAAGUCGUUGCAGACGAGAUGAAGACCCACGUGCCCGAGACGACGAUGCACAAGCUAGCCCAGAUGAAGAUGCUGGUCAAAGAAAAACGCGGGCAAAGGGAGCAAGUGGAGAAGAUCAAGGCUCACGUGAAAGACAUGCGCAAGGAGGCUCUGUCCAUGCAGUUCAAAGAAUGGACGAUGGAUUUCACCAGGCAGAUACCGCUUAUGCUGGUAACCAAGAGGGGUGAAUACGUUGGCAUCCACGACCAGCCCAAUGUAAUCACCAUGGGUGUUUUAGCCAGCAGCCCAUCUCUACCACUUCCUGACCAGAUGAUCAUGGCCCAAGUAAAGAAAGGUGUCAAAAUCACAAAGGCAAAGGUGAAAGACCUGGAGAUCACUCGGUUGAUCCCUCUACACCUGGUGAAGAUUUUUGUGCAUAACGUGGAUGAGCGACAGCUGAAAGUAAAGUUGGCAACAGGGCAAAUAUAUUAUCUGCAACUCUGUACCCCCAAAGGGGAUAACUUCCUCUUUGAGCGCUGGAUUCGCCUUGCUUACAUGUUGCACGAGGCCAGCGGCAGGAUCAGUGCUCCAGUCAGCUUCACCUCGAAGGAAUCGGGGCUUCACACGAUACGGACGAGUGCUAGCUUGCGUGCUACAUCUGAGAAGGUGGCUGUCAAGCCUUCCAAACGUGUAACAAUCUCAGGCGUGAUUGGCCCAUCAGGGAAAAGUGUCCCGGAGGAGAAGAAGGAGGAAGAAGAGGCAGGGAAUCCUGAGCUCCACCCACUUGACAAUCUGAGGAUGGAUGCAGGCUCCAGUGCAGCAGCUAUGAUGGGGACAGAUACAGACCGCCCACCCCCGCAGUUUUGUUUGUGUUAAUGACUUUGUAGCUGCCGUCACUAUGACCGUCUCUUGUCACUGCCCAUAUAUACUUGUGCUUGAAAUGGAGAGUGUUUACUUUCAGCGACCCACCACAUCAAGAAAACCAGACUCAAGUCAAGUCAAAAAUGUUUAUUGUGCUAGCCAUAGGCCAUGAAAAAUACUGUAAAAAAAACUUUAAUAUUGAAUAUAAACAAAGACAUAGAAAAUAUACAUAAUAAAAAUUAACAAGCAGAAUCUCCCUGGUAGUUAAUUGCUAUGUUGUCUAAUUCUUUUUUUCUGAUCUUUUUUGCCGCAAGGGCAAAAAGAGCCACCUUGUGGGUCACAUAGCUGUUAACAUCACUCAGGAGAUAUAAGGUCUCCUCCAGGGAGUUCCCAUUUCCCUGGGACAACAAAUGUUUAAUAAAUCUCUCUCUGCGAAAGGCAGCCGGCGAUUGAAGCCGGUUGCAGGUGAG